CUCCUGUUCGCUGCUGGUCACACAACACUGCUGGGUUGUUGUUGUGUGUGUUUUUGUGCCAACCACGACCACGACCAACAGCAGGCAAUGGCACGGGUGCUGUCGAGCCUGCGCGACGGCGUGCUGCCACACUCCUGCUGGCAGCCAUCAGAGGAGGCAGAGAGCCAGGAGGAGCACCACGGCGGCGUGGAGCGUGCUGGCGAGAGUGGGCAGGGGGAUGGCGAGGAGCAAAACGCGGUGGUGGCUGAUGGUGCUGAUUGGCAAGGCGAGCACCCCGGCCGGCCACGACCCAGGCUUGUGUGUGUCACCCGGUCCAAGGCUGGGCUCGGCGUAAAGGUCGCCGGCGGGCAGCCCGCCGUGCUUGUGGAGGUGGACCACCUUGGCCCCGCUUACGCUGCUGGUGUUCGCGACCAGGACCAGUGUCUGGCCGUCAACGGCGUGCUGGUGCUCCACCUCAGUGCGCAGUCACUUGAGCACCUCUUUGACACCUGCGAGGAUGAGUACAUCAAGCUGCUCGUGUUGCAGCGCAGCCCGCCACGACCCUUCGCUCCGCUGCUCAUUCCACGGUGGGACCGGCCACACAUUGACGCGUUUGGGUUCGACACGCGCUUGGACGCAGACGGCGAGAGCGUACAGGCAGACGACAAGGAGGACGGUGAUGCGGAUGGGCAAGGCGACGACAGCACACCGCACAACACGAGCAGCAAACAAGCAGAGGACGGCACGGACAAGGUUGCAACACAAGACGGAAGUCUGCCACAAGAGGAACCAGCAGCCUCCAACAUCGACAGCAGCGACGUGGCAAGGCUGCGGGAGUGGGACGAGUUCUUGAAGGGUGGGCGAUUGCAGGGCGCACAGGCUCCGCACUGGACAUCCACGUCCCAGACACACGGCAGCGACGAGCAGUUUCUGACAGCGUUUGCUGGUGUCGCAUCGAUGGAGCUCUCACUCCGCAUCUGGGACUGCUUUCUCUACGAAAACGUUCUCACGCUGUUCAAGGUUUCGCUGAGCCUGGUCACCAUCUUCGCUCCAAAGCUGACUGCGCUUGCGGAGGACCUCGGCGCGUUCAUGCGUCUCCUCUCGUCGCUGCCCAUGCUCGGGAGUGAGCAAACCGACCACGUCAUGCAGCUCAGCUACGCGUUCCAAGUGGUUGAGGCGGAGGUGCCGGCGCUGCGCCAGGAGUACCGUGCAGACCUGCAGGCCGAAUACGACGCGUACAGGAAGCGCAUGGACUCGUUGCACGCCAGUCGUGAUUCAACAGACGAGGACACCGCCGCACUGCAGGGGUCGUCGUCAUUCUGGCACCGGGUGCUCAAGCGUCGAGCGUCGGCCGUGUAUCUGAACGGGCUGAGCAACGAGGAGAUGAGCGAGCGCAUGACGGGGCUUGGCGAGGCAAUACAACACGUCAUGGUGGCGGCCGCCGAGCAGCAGUCGGAUUCGGAGGCCGUCACCCUCCUCGUGCACAACAGCCUCUGCGUGGAGCUUGCACGCGUGCUUCGUGCGGGGCUGUGCGUGUCUGAGGCCAAACACCCCUGGAUUGCUCUCCAGGCCGCAGUUGCCGCCAUCCUCGACGAUCACAUCAAAUGGCAGCAAAUUGCUGACGAUGUGUAUUCGGAGCAGCAGUUGCGGCAGCACGCGGCCACGUUUGCCGCUGCUGUGCAGUCCAUCGACCAGGCCCACAAGCGCGUCGAAAACUCAGACCUCAACGUGAAGCUGCGUAGUCUGAUCUGUCUUGGUCUCAACGGCGGUGAAUUGCACGCGUGGAUCCGCAUUCUCUCCCGCGCAAUUCAAACGAACAGCGAUCUUCGCCGCUUCUACAGCGCCACCAGCGCUCUCAGGAACCCGCACUUUGCAAAGCAGAUUGAAUUACAUCUGCAAGCGCUGUUGCGCAACACGCACUUCCACCUGGCCGUUGACAUGGAGUGGAGCGUGUCCAACCCCCCACGAAAGUCUGUGCUGUGAUAACAUAACACCUGCGUCGCGUUGCGAUGACGUGGACAUGUGAUGGUGAUUCACCGCUCGUCUGGCAUCCGUGAGUGUGUGUGUGUGUGUGUGUAUGUGUUUGUGUGUGUGUGUGUGUCAGCGUGUGUGUGUGUCAGCGUGUGAAAGUGUGUGUGUAUGUGUGUGCUGUGUGUGAAAGUGUGUGUGUGUGUUGUGUGGUCUUAUUCUGUCUAACCGAUAUCUCUAUGGUGUGAAUUAGGUGUAGGUGGUCGUGUUGAGCGAGAAUAGACGCAUAAGUAUUGGGCA